GACUGUAUUUAAAGUUAAAAUUUUUUUUUUUUGAAGUAUCCUCCACCUUCGCUAUCUCUUCUCCCAUGUAGCCUCAUUUUCCCCCUCCAUCCCUUUCAUUCAUACACAUAUUAUUCAGUCUUACUUCGGCUAAUCUUCAGUCCUCUCCUUUCCAGUGCAUGCCUCCAUCUUUCUAACUGUUCCGCCACCUGGUCCCUGCUUUCACUGCAGCUCACAAUGUCAUCUGGGAACAUCAUGGUCCACAGGGAUUCCAGUCUAACCUAAUCUGUCAACCUAUCCAUCACUAUUGCAAAAAGGGAGGGGCUCAGGUCUGAUCCCUGAUGCAAUCCUCCCACCUCCAACAACAGCAAACCUCACCAGUGUUCUGCUGCCCCCAUACUUGUCCUGCACUAUUCAGACUUACUUCUCUGCAACUCCAGACUUCCUCAUGCAGUACCACAGUUCCUCUCUCGAUACCCUGUCAUGGGCUUUCUCUAGAGCUAAAAGAACACAAUGCAGCUCCUUCUGACUUCCUUUGUACUUCUCCAUCAAUACUCACAAUGUGUGCAUCUGUGGAACUCUUUCUAGGCAUGAAACCAUACUGUUGCUCACAAAUAAUCACUUCUUUGCUGAGUCUAGCCUCCACUACUCUUUUGUGUAAUUUCAUAGUGUGGCUCAUUAACUUUUUUCCUCUGUUGUUCCCACAAAACAAAACAUUGCCCUUGUUCUUAAAAAUGGGCACUGUUCCACUUUCCCUCCAUUCCUCAGGCGUCUUCUCACCUGCUAGAAUUCUGUUGAACCACCUGGUCAAAAACUCCACAGCCACCAUAGAUGCUUCCAUACCUCCACAGACCCAUGCAUCCAUCCAUUUUCUGAGCCGCUUCUCCUCACUAGAGUCGCGGGCGUGCUGGAGUCUAUCCCAGCUAUCAUCAGGCAGGAGGCGGGGUACACCCUGAACUGGUUGCCACCCAAUCACAGACAAUUUUUAAAAUCACAUGGAGUAUUUUUUUGUGGAACCCUCAAGAUAGAACUUGAGAAGUCCUUCAGCGCUUCUAACCUUUGGAUUUACUGCACCUUCAGCCAGGCACCUACAACCAUACACUGGAACGACUGAAUGUACAGUAUAGAAACAAAUACAAAACCUGCUCAACACUCUUUCUCGCAACACUUCGGAGGGAGCUGACUGGUUCAUCAAAGAUAUGAGAGCUACAGCUGAACUCAUGGUAUUGCUCUUCACAGUUUCGCAAGGUGUGGGAGACCCCUGUGAUGGCAGAAGAAAAGGAGCUCAGUGUUAUGGACCGCUGGCUCAAGAAAUAGUCCUCCAUUUGAUGGACAAAACCCCACUUGAUUUUACCUUGACGAAAGAAAAAAAACAUUUACUGAUAUGGAGAAGUGGGCAAUUGCAGACUAAAGAACCUGAAAGAUUUAGCUUCACCCCAAACGAUGGAAUGAUGAAGAUUGAAAACCUGAUCAAGAAUGAUACUGGCAAUUAUACUCUUUUUAUCUAUAACCAAACCGGAUUUGAACUUGAGAAUCGGAGACUGCAGUUGUUCGUUGAAGCUCCUGUGACCUCCAUCCAUCUAGUCUCGAAGUGUCUGUCCCAAGGACUGCAGCUGGUGUCUUGCUCCUCCAAGGGAGGGGACAAUCUUCAAUACUGGUGGAACCUAAACCAAAAACCACUGGAGCACACUGACCUCAUCUCUGGACAUGUUCAGGAAAACAACAUCACCCUGAAAAAACACGUCUCAGGACAGCUAGUCUGCUCUAUUAGAAAUAACGUCAGUAAAAUCCAGAAAGAAGUUAGUCUAUCAUGUGUGUUCAUUAACUGCACCUCAAAUGGGACUCUCAUAACUCAGUGGUUGCCUGAAAUCAGUAAAACCCUGUGUGACAAUCCCACCUCAGGAUCCAAGACCCCUCAAAGUAAGAAUUAUUUGCCUAUAAUGAGCGGCAUUCUCUCAGCAUUGGUGAUCCUCUUAAUGAUUGGAUUGGUGAUUGUCUUCAUGCAGAAGAAAAAGAAAAGCGAUAGAAAAGAUGAAGAGGAAUUGGUGUACGCUGACGUCAGGAUUGUUGAUCAACCGAGGAGGUCAAUAAAAGUGAGAGAAGAAGUGGAGGUGGAGUACGGCCAAGUGAAGUUUUCCGAGCAACCUUGUCGAACUGUUGCGAUGAAAGAUGAUGGAACUGUUUAUGCCCAAGUCCGCAGAGACAGAACUUGGGAGUCCUCGCAUCCAUACAUAGAGGACCGAAGACACUUAUGCAGCACCAAUUCUGGGCCCGACCAGUACUGAAGAUUUGGUCUCAGUGGUUGCUGAUGUGUUGGGCUAGGAUCGUGCAGUCAAUCUUUCGCCAGUGCAGAAAGAUUCUUAGCCCAUGCCACCUCCAAGCACCCGAGGCCCAGACACCCACCCCGUUUGGUUCAGCUAAAGCACUCAGGCACAUCACAAGGGUGCUGGCUCUGGUAGGCGCCUAGAACCAAAGGUUGCUGAGCUGUUGUUACGGACCCCACUGCUUUUCAUGUCGUAUUUAGUCCUGGUUGAGCGAAAAUCUCACUAGCCAAUGUAGACAUGGAUGCUGCCAUCCUAUGUUUGCACUCCCACUGUCAAUCAUGAACAGAUCGGGUGUUUGGGUGAGCGAAUGUGUGUUGUUAGAACUUCUGCCUACCCACACACACGCACACACACACGCACACACACGCACACACAAGCGUGGUUGAGUGAAAGUUUGGUUUAUGGCUGGCAUUAACCUUUUUUUUUUUCCAGUCUCAAUUAAAUAAAUGCUACAAUAUAAUAGUUACAUACAUGCUGUAGACAGUAUUUUGCCACGAAAAAAAAAAAUCUGACUUUUUUAUUGCCACAGCAGUCACAAAUCUAACGUGGAACUUCCACCUCCAAACAUUUUUCUUCACAACUAGUUUAUGUUUUUUGGUGUGAUUACAGGUGACAUUAACCGGUUGGUGUCUAAAUUAAAGAGCUGUUACAAUACAGUAAAUAUCAUACAUACUGUAGACAGUAGCCUAUUUUUACCACAAAAAUGUGUCUAUCCUGUUUUUGACAAGUUACAACCACGAAUAAGUGAAUUCGCGAAUGCUGAACCGUGAACAUGCAGGGGUCCACUGUAGAAAAGUGAGCAUUACUGAUGAUGCCAAUUUGAUAUUUUAAUAAAAUUGACAAAUUCUGGCAAGCAACAGAUGGUGGAAUGCAUGCACAGUCUCCUUCUUCAAAUACUUCAGUUUUUGAAAUAUUUUGCAACCUUCACAUUUAAGAAGAAUGUGCUUGUCCUCCAAAUAUGGAACAAAAAAUAAUACCAGGCAAUAUGAUCAGACCUUGUCCACAGUAGUUCCUGAAUAAUUCCAGCCAGAAUUAUUACACAAUGAUUAGAUUUAUAAGGAAAAAAUGUCAUAGUGAACAUUGUGGAAAAACCUAAAAAAAUAAAUAAAUUCUAAGCAUGUUACCAUGUCCUAUCUGCCUUUGGUCAUGGGCGUUGUCAAACCUUUGCUCUCUCUAUGGCAAGAUAGGCUUGAUUUAUUUAUUUAUUUUUUAAAAACUGUAUCACCCUUUGCAACAUGACCCAUUUUUUUACAUGGAGAUAAAAUGUUACACAUUGUGUUUGUGUGAAUAAUAUAAUUCACCACUGCAGAAACACCUUGAUUCUUUCUUGACUUUGACUUUUUGACUAUGAUUGAUUUGGUUUGGUCUUUUGGGGUCAAAGUUCGACAAUCCUGGUCAACCUUUUAGCUGAUUCACAGCCCCAUCUAACAUGUUUAUGGUCUGUGAUCGUUGUAAUGUCCUCAAACACCCACUUGAGAUUAUUUUUAACUGAAUGCUCUCCUUAAAACUCAGUUGAACUUUUGACUGACAUAAUCUACCGAGCAAAUAAUUGAUAACACAACGCCAGUGUCAUAAAGCAGCUCCAACAGUUGUGUGCCAUUUUAUCUUCAUCUUCUGUGUUGUGUUAAGUCCACCACAGUGUGUAACAUUCUCUCAGACAUUUAUUUUUCAUCUUAUAUUUAAAUGUUUGAAAAAGUUAGAUUUUGGAAACUAUGCUCUGCUUAACCUAUAAAAGAUUUGACUGAGCGGCAAUUAAAUAAAUUGAAUCUUAUGUUGCGACACAUUCAUGUGAUCAGACUCUAUCAUGCCAAAGAUAUAAAACUAUAAACCCACACUCGUGGCUUGAGACAUGAUCUUUGAUGUAGCUUCAAUCUUUAUAUACUGUACAUGCUUUGGAGACCACUGAAUUAAUGUUGCAUGUUGUACAACUCAAACCUUUUUAUUAUUUUCAAAAUGCUUUUAAGGUACUGAUUGUUGUCCUAUCCAUCCAUUUUCUGUACCGCUUCUCCUCACUAGGGUUGCGGGCGUGCUGGAGCCUAUCCCUGCCUAUCCCAGCUAUCUUCGGGCGAACUUCAUUUAAAUGACAGCAAGUAGUUUUUAGUUAAAAUGCGGACAAGUAGGGGAAUUACAACUUUCUGAACCUCAUCGAACAUUUCUACAGUAUUUCAAAUUCUAAAAGAGUCACUAAUGGUGUUGACUUGCCUGAAUCCUGCGUAGGCAGCAUGGGUUCAGUUCCCACUCAGUGACAGUGUGACUAUCGAGUGUCUAUCUUUAUAAUUGCCUUGUGAACGACUGGCGACCAGUCCAGGCUGUAGUCUGUGUUUUGCCCAGAGCUGGCUUCAAGGUACCCACAACCCUGGAUAGGAUAAGACAGUGGUUCUUAAAAUCUCGUACCACCUGGGUCCACUCCUCGGCCGCUGCGACCAUGUCCAAGUGACCCUGAGCAGGAUACUGAACCUCCAGUUGCUCCUAAUGAAGUGUUAAAGUGCUUUGAGUACCUUGAAGGUAGAAAAGCACUACACAAGUGAAAGCCCAUUUACUAAAAUGCACAGGCAUACUAGACGAAGUGUUAAUAAAGAUUGAGACAGUUUUUUUCUAAGAAAUAUAUCAAAUGUUAUUGUAAGACACUGUAAUGUUAUUCGCAGUUUCAACAUUAACACUGCAGUUAAAUAUAGGAAAGUAAAAAAAAAAGACUUUAAAUAAUGAUUCAAUUCAAACUUUAAUAAAUGUUUUAAACAGAUCAAAUUCAAAUGUAUUGAAUUUUAACGUUAAAUACAACAGAACUGUCCUUAACAAAAGGAUUGUAAAAACGUUAAAGCCUUCGUCGUGUAAUAUGCAGUUUCAACUUUUAAUUCAGUGAUUCUUUUGUGUAAAAUUACAUGGAGCCCACAUACCACUAGUAUGUAUACACAUGACACACUUUGAGAAUCACUAAGUUAAAAUUAAUAUGUGUAGUUCUAAAGAACUCCAAACAAAGAAUUGCAAUGACCUUGUGUACUGCUCAGCAAAACAUGUUUUAUUAAGAAAACUGAAACGCUUUAACAUGUAAACCCUUUUCCACAAGACAUUAGCAAGAUGACUCAUUGGUCUUUUGGCGAAGGUGGAGGAUUCAAAUGUGCAACUUUUGAAAUGUUUCCUUCCUCUUUUUAAACCGAAAGAUGAGAAGAAGCUGUUUGAAAUAGUCUGCAGCAGUCUUACACGUACAGUUCUAACGUCUGACGUAAACAAGUUAAACAUUCAUACAAAAAAAGACAAGAAGCGAUAAAGGCAGUGACUUUUUUUUAAACAUUUUUUUUUUUACUUCAAAUCAUGCAAUAGCUGAAUAUGGAAUAUAGUGUGAGUGUGUGCGUGCAUGUGGUGUAAAGGCCGCUCGCUCCUGAGUCACAUGCUCUUGAGCAAUCUGUGGUUGCUCGUCAGGAUGUGGCUGUCUAAAACUUCUCCAUUAGCCCAAAAAUCUGCACCUUUCAUCUGAAGUCACUGGUGUGCUGCAGCCUGUCCCUUUCACGAAUGUUUUCUUCCUUUCAAAUCCACACAUUCUGUACACAUUCACCACACAAACAAACUUUUUACAUUUGUAAUAUAUUCAAGUCUUAAUAUAAAAACUGAACUUGUGAAAUACUGCGCAGUUGCUUUUCUCACUUGAGUCGGAUAUUUUCUGUAGCAAAAUGGAUGUAAAAGCUCAUCUUUUCUUAGCUGUGACAAAUGAAACAUUCUCGGUUCUCACUUUCUGUUUCCAAUAGAUAAAAAUAUUAUUUGACUGCGUCAAACUGGGCGGCACGGCACCGACUGGUUAACACAUCUGCCUCACAGUUCUGAGGACCCGAGUUCAAAUCCGGCCUUGCCUGUGUGGAGUUUGCAUGUUCUCCCCCAUGUCUGUUCUCCAGGUACUCCGGUUUCCCCCCACAUCCCAAAAACAUGCCUGGUAGGUUAAUUGACAACUCGAAAUUGCCCGUAGGUGUGAUUGUGUGUGCGAAUGGUUGUUUGUUUAUAUGUGCCCUGCGGUUGGCAGGUGACCAGUUCAGGGCGUCCGAAGAUAGCUGGGAUAGGCUCCAGCACGCCCGCGACCCUAGUGAGGAGAAGCCGUAUGGAAGAUGGAUGGAUGGAUGCAUCAAAAUGAGCGCCAAGUCUGUUAUGUCAUUGUGUUAUCUCCUUAUGUGCAAUUCACAUUGUUACAUAUAGAGCGCAUAGCAAACAGAAAAAGUCUUUGCUGCUUCACAGACACAUAAUAUCUGAACUUAUACACAAAUCCCAACAUUGUCAAACAUUGUUUUUAAGUUUUUCUUCAUCGUGACUAUUUCCAAAUUAAAGCAUGUAUGGUUGCAUUUAUUAAUUUGAGGUCUUAACAGUAUCUGUGGGCUGAUCCACAUUCACAGAUUAAAGUUGUCAGAUAGUUCAUUUCCGACUAAUGCCCUUAUUCUGUAGAAUAAAGAAAAGGUUUUAUUGUCAUAUGAACUCCAUCUUGUAUCCUUCUGAUAAAGCACUGGAUGGAACGAUGCUGCUUGGGCUUGAUGCGUUGUGGCCAUCACUGGAUCCAGUGGGCACAGGUGGGGUGGAGGUGGACGUGGAGGGCUGCUGGGAAUCUUGCAGCUUCUUCUUGUUUAUCUU